UGCGUCUCUGCCUCCAUCAAGACGCAGAGCUGAGCUCCGCCUCGGAUGCUGCUGCUGCUGUUUAUCUGAUUACCGCGAUACCAGAGCUGCGUCUCCUUAAAGCGACACGUCGUUUUAAUUAAUUAGACUACCGGCGAAAGGAGGAGAGACACGCCGAGGAUGCAGAGGAAGAGAGGAAGAGAGGAAGCAGCAUCCGUCGGUCGGCACAAUUUCUUCCCUACAGAACGCUGCGUUUCGCUGCAUUAUUUCACCGCCCUGAGGUUAUGAUGCCGGCUGUAAACUGAACCUGGAUGCUUGCAGGAAAACCUCCAAGACUCCCUCCUCCCUCCUCUGCUCUCCUUCCUGCGAUGCACGGACUGUCAAUGCGUCACAUUCGUUCUUCCUGCGUCGUUUCUUCCGCACACGCGUCGCAACAUUCUUGCCUCAUAUUUAAGUUAUGAAAUCGGCUGCAGCCUUUCGAUCUUCACAUAUUGGCUCUGUAGACUCUGUAGCCGUCAACACAUCCGCGGUUUGCGCGUCCUUGGCAGCCUGUCCGGCCUUUUGCGUUUCUGCGUUCUUGUUCGCCGCCCAUGCGUCGCCGCUACCGCGCCACCGCAUCUGCUCCUCCUCCCCACAUGGACUCUGAAAUCUACGUGAAGCGCGCGUCGUCUUCGCGUCUUAGCCCUCGUUCUGCCGCUGAUGCGGUGCGCCUGGGUGCUUACUGUCUCCUUGUCCUGGCCGGUCACUGAUCCUCUGGUCCGGGGGGGCUGCUGUCCACAGAGAGACAGGAUGGUGCGGAUCGCCAGCGCGCUGGGGCUCGUGAUGUUCAGCGUGGCGCUGCUCAUCCUGUCGCUCAUCAGCUACGUGUCCAUCAAGAAAGACUUUCUGCUCAGCACCCCCAGAUACGGACCGAAUGGAGGAUCCAGGAUGUCUAUGUUCCAUGCGGGGUUUCGCGAGAGGCCGCCUCGUAAACCUGUCCUGAGCUCCCAGCUGGCGUUGAAGUAUCUGGAUCCAGCUUUCACUCCUCUGACCAACGCUCUCAGCGAGGACCUGCAGAACUCUUCUAAAUGGACCUACAACAGAUCUGCUUUCAUACAGCUGAAAAAGGAGAUAUCUCAAUACAUUGACAUCCCCCACAACUUCUCACUGACAACAAACUCAGUCCGGAUCGGACAACUGAUGCACUACGACUACUCCAGCCACAAGUACGUCUUCUCCAUCGGUGAGAACUUCCGCUCGCUCCUUCCUGAGGUCUCGCCGAUCCUCAACAAGCAAUACAAUGUCUGUGCCGUGGUCGGCAACAGCGGCAUCCUAACCGGCUCGCACUGUGGUGCCCAGAUUGAGAAGUUUGACUAUGUGUUCCGCUGCAACUUUGCACCGACCGAGAUCUUUAAGAAGGACGUUGGGCGGCGGACCAACAUGACGACCUUUAACCCCAGUAUCCUGGAGAAAUACUACAACAAUCUAUUGACUGUGCAGGACAGGAACAACUUCUUCCUGAGCCUGAAGAAGCUUGAUGACGCAAUCCUGUGGAUCCCGGCGUUUUUCUUCCACACGUCAGCCACAGUGACAAGGACGCUGGUUGAUUUCUUCGUGGAACAUCGAGGUCAGCUUAAGGUGAAGUUGGCCUGGCCUGGAAACAUCAUGCAGUAUAUCAACAGUUACUGGAAAACCAAGCAUCUGUCGCCAAAGCGCCUGAGUACCGGCAUUCUAAUGUACACGCUGGCCUCCUCCAUGUGCGACCAGAUCCACCUGUACGGCUUCUGGCCCUUCGGCUGGGACCCCAACACGGGAAAGGAGCUGCCGUACCACUACUACGACAAGAAGGGCACCAAGUUCACCACCAAAUGGCAGGAGUCCCAUCAGCUGCCCGCAGAGUUCAAACUCCUCUACAAGAUGCAUUUGGAGGGACUGCUGAAGCUCUCCCUCUCCCACUGUGCUUAGGACUAAAACUGCAGCAGGUACAGCGCUCCUUCAAACUCCUCUCCAACACAUCCACGGGCCAGAGCUGUCCAAAUGACAUGAAGACAAGGGAAGGAUUCAUAUGGUUUUGCCAAAAUCUAAAUCUUGGCUCUGAGGCUGAGUUGGUGCAAUGGGUUACUGAACAGUUUGUAGCCCAAAAGCCCUGUUGGACAAACCGUUUGUACAAACUGCAACAGCUCAAGAGACAAUGGGUCUAUUCAUUCCCUAUUGCUCAAGAAUCUAAAGAGGUAGAGGACUGCACCUUUUGAAAAGAUGGCUGCAGCUGGACUUUUUGGCAGCAUUUUUUUCAGCAGAAUCAUCUCACAACCUAGAAUUGCUUCCUGGUGUUUCUACCACUCAUCACUAACGCUACAAAUCAGCCAGACAUUCACACUAGGUUAAAGAGGGCAGAUUCCUCCUUCAUUUCUAUGAGACCACUGUGUUGAUGCACUUUGGGUCCUGACGCAGGAGGCCAUGGCAGAACAAAUUGGACAUGGCUCAAUAUUUGCUGCAAUUCAACGUGGUGUCAUGCAGCAACACACUGUGCAGGCUAAUCAGAUAUGUGAAAGCCUGCAUUGCUCGUUCAAUAGUAGAGAAAAUGUUAGUGAUCAUGAUAACCUUUGAGAGUUGUAGAAUCCUGUCUUAUAGUGUUAUAAACCGCUGUGCAGUGAUUUGGCGUCUGUAAGCAUUCAAACUCAUGAAUCAGUAACUCAAACUGGACUUCUGGAUCAUAUUUCAUUGUGUCAGUGUUAUCUGAAGCAACACGCGAGCUCACAGGCCCUUGAAUUGUUUUAACGUAGUGAUGCUUUUAGUCUGAACUAGGGCUGGGCUAUAUAUUAAACAUUUUCAACCAGCCAACGUCAGCCCAACAGCUGGGAGACGUGUUUGAACGGCGAGUUUGUUACGCUCCACAAGCUCUCUUUGCUUUUUUAGUCUAUUAAUAAAUAAACAAAAUAAACUGUGAAGAAUUAUAUUCACAGUUCACAUUAUAUAUUAUUCUUAUUAAACAGAAAAAUACAACCGUACACCUUCUGAAUUUAAGUUUCUCCCUUUAACUGAACUAAGACUAGUUUAAUUGCCUUGUUAACGAAUCAUAAAAAACUCUUCAUGCAAACUAAAUAAAGCAAAACAUUUGCCAAAACCUAAACUUAAAUUAGCAAAAUAAAAUGACAAAUAUCGGACAAAAUAAUCAUUGCCGAUGUACUCAGCCAAUCGCACAGAGCCGAUAUAUCUUCCACUUGCCCAAGUCCGGUCUGAAUGCACGGUAAGACAGCAAUAUAGUUACUCAUAGUUCGACUACAGUGUUACCUAAACAUUCUUAUGCAUCCAGCAUUAGACACUUUGUCUAGCGUGAAAAAGAAGAACAGUGUUAUUGGCAUCUUUAAAAUAAAGCUUAAUCGUGUCACUACUUUGAUUUCAGUACAUGACUCCCCCCGUAAAAAAGACAACAUGUCACAUGAUUGUGUGACCUUCACUGUUGGAUGUCAAAACAUUUGGACCUGACAGGAACAGUCUCGUAGAACUGUUUUACAAAUGAUUCAUUUAGUAACAUGUUUAUAAAUAUAUUUGAUUCGUCAUCCAGAUUUCAACACAUUUAUUCUGAAAGCUACAUUUCCCGAAUAUUUGUGUAAGCAGAACAAGAUGAAAAUAUUAACAUAUUAUCACCUUAUGAAGUUUUUUACAAGAGUGUAAACAAGCUUGCUAAUUACACAUCCAGCUGACACAGAGCAACAUUGUCAUCAAUGUAACUCCAAUGUUCUCUGUCUUUUAGUUCUGUUUAUGGUCCCAGCCAUCUCCUGAGGGAGAUAUCUGGCUCUUUAGCUGCUAAAUGCUCCACUAUAUUCACCAGCAAGUCAUAAACUAUGUCCCUCUGCCAAUUAAAACUAAGAAGUGUCUGAGGUUUCAGCAAAAUGUCUUCUAUGGCAUAGCACAAAAGUAAAUGAAUGUAUAAAGUAUCAGAGUCGACUCUAUUUAACAUCUGGUCCAGUUUAACACUUUACCAGAGCAACAACUAGCACAACAUUAUCUGUAGAUAAGACUGAGUCAGGUUGUGUGUCCACGAGAGAUCUUUACCAGACAAGGAGAAGCACAGAGAGCGAUGUUGGAUUCAACACUGUACAUGUCAAAACUGUGGUUAAAGGUAGGACUGUUUGUUGACUUUGUAAAACGUUACUGUACAUAUGGUAACAUUACCACGCCAACAAAUCUGAGGAGUCACUGUUGGCUUGUCACUCAUUAAGACAGCGUAGGCGCCACGAGCGAACGGUAAUUCCACGAUGUUGAUUAUGAUUAGGCUUUGUGUGUUUGUGAAAUACAGUAUAAUUGAGCAAAUGACAUGUUAGUUGUCAUUUUAUUUUAAAAGUGACAAGCCUACUUUGUAACGAUGACUAAUGUUAACUAGCUAGUUGUGUACCCAGUACUAUGCAACGUAUCAGGAAGAUUCACUUUCAGCCAGUAUGCUGCCAUUUCUUUCUUCUAUGUUGUGGUCAUUUCUUUCUUUUUUCUAUCCAUUUUUGUGUGCUUUAGAUAAUUGGUGAUAUAUGUUAGAAUAUAGCUUCAUAGUCCCAUAGUUUAAUGAAUUGCCACUUAAGCCAGUUGGCACCUUUAACAGACAGUUUUUUAUGUUUUACAUUUGUUGCUGCUGGAGGACAUUAGUUAAGGAAUCCAGAGAGUUUGAAAAGAUUUGAACCUGAAGCGCUGGGAGAUGCAAUCCAUCCAUUUGCUUUGAUAACAAGUGGAAAACAUACCAGUGGACACAAACCCUAAAAUCUUAUCUUUUGAGACUCAGGUAGCACAAAAAAAUAUGUAUAAUCUUAAUUUUAUUUUUGACACUAAUCUAAUCUUUAAAUUGCUCCAUAUGAUUACAUGAUCAUAAUCAUCUAGAAUGGCACUCGGCCGUUUCCAUAAGUGAAAGAUAAUGCGUGUAUCCGCCACGUGAUUCAGAUUCACUCCAAAAUUGAAUGGGUUCUUUCUUGGCCCAUGCUACACCCUUCCACCAAGUUUAACAAAGAUUCGGGUCCAGUAUUGUUUUCCGGAAUUGUGCUGACAGCCAGUUGACAAACAAACAAACCAAACCGAAAACAUAAGCUCCAGGGUGGAGGUUACUACAAGGGCCAAGGAUAAAGAGUAGGCAACUCUGGUCUCCUUUACAAAUGUUGGAUGUGCUAAACCCGAUUCAUCACCCUGACCUCCGCACCCUUACUUUCCACCUCGCCACAUAAAGGACACGCUACUUCUUGCAUUGGUUCUUAACAUUGGCACUGGACAUAAACUAUGCUUUGCAAAUUCGAUCAAUAUGAACCUAGGGAACCUAUUCUUAGGGAUACUCGGGCUUGAAUUUAAAUUUAAGAUGAUUGUACGCCAAAGGGACUAUAGGUGUUUGCCCCAUACUGAAGCACACAGCUUUCAUCUUUCAAGAAUAACAAUAACCAGAUUCAUGACAAAUGUGAGUAUGAGAUGUUUAGUAACAAAUAUAAGCAAGAAAAUAUUUCUCACUUUGUAGGCCUAUUCUAUGACCAGCAUGAGACAACGUGACACAAAAAAAAUAUUUGGUAAUUACAUAAAACAAAAAGGUAACAUAUUCUCACGGUCAUGAAUUCCAAUUUGUACAUAUUAACAACAAAUGAUUUGUGUCAUAUCAUACAACAGCCAAGUAGUGAGUACAAUGCUACGUUUUUUAUCAAACAACAAAGGUUAUUUUGGGAUUGGGUUAAGCUUUGCAGCUGUGGCGCAGGAGGAAGAGUGGUCAUGAAGAAGUGUCCUUGGGCAAGACACUGAAUCCCACAUUGCUCCCGAUGGCAUGGCCAACGUUGUGUGCCUGUGAACGUGUAUCACUCCUGACGAUGCAGGUGGCACUAUGGCAACCUCUGCCACCAGUGUAUCAGUGUGUGUGAGAAUGGGUGUUUUAAAGUGUUUGGUCACAAAGACUAGAAACGCGCUGUAUAAAUGCAAUCAUCUACCAUUCUAUUCCAGCUACAGUAAGGUCAAGGUUUUGGUUGGGUUUUCUUUCUACCCUAUUGAGUCGCACUUGUGUGCAUUUUGCGGUAUGAAUGUUUUUCACAUCCAUCAAGUAUGUGGUUUCUAGGUAAAUAAUAUUAAUGAUUUGAAAUGCUCAGUGAUGAAUAUAUGUUGAUGAUGUUUCUGCUACAUAACCUCCAUCAUAUCCUGUAAUAUCCACACAUUGUAAUCUGGGCAUAUGGGCAUUCUCCUCAAACAAACAUAUGAAUACAGUUCAAACUUUACAGAGGCAAGUGGUCUGGUAGUUAAAGACACAGCUCUUCACAAAUGUGAUUAUAAUUAUCAUUAUUAUGAUGACUUGUAUUAAGAGGCUCAGAGGAAUCAUCAUUAUCAUAUUUGACAUGUGUUUUAUUUUUUCAUGUUUGUACAUUUUUGCUGCAAUGUGUAAGAAACAAAAACGUAAGAAACUGGGAUAAUUUUGUAAUCUGCAGCCGAAUUAGUUGUGCCUGUGUUUUACAUUGUUUGUUGUUGUUUUUAGUCUCCUACAGUUUCAAUCCAAAUCGAGACAUCUAUGACUUGAAAUGUGACAUUUUCAGGAAUUUGGCAAAAAGAUUGUUUGCAUGAAGGUUAAACUCACAAUUUAAUAAUGCUGGUAAUAAUGUUAUUUUUUGUCUUGAGGACAUUACAAACAAAGAUAGGAUGUACAUUUAUUUUAUUUUUGUCUUCUUUUGUCACCUUUUAUUUUUGUAAUAUAAAAUAUCAGUCGGUAUCAGGAAACAUUUUUCCAGAAUGUAUUUCUUGCAUUUUGAAUGAUGAGGCUGGCUCCAUCCAUAUCAACAUGUCUGUAGAAAUCCCUCUUUGAAGGGUAAUACAUACUUAAACCACAUAUGCUGUAAACAAAUAUGUUUUAUUCAUCCAAUACUUGAAAGAAAAUAUAUCUACUCUGUAUUUAUUUAAUCAUUUAGUCAUUAAAGUGAAUGAAAUUAUCAAUUUGAAAAA